AUGUUAUGGAACAAAUCAAAUCAGGAUGCCGUCACCUAUCCCAAUUCAUGUGUCUCUUGUGGUCAUCAUGCGGUGCAUUAUCACACUCCCGAUUUCGAUGGGACCAAUUCUUCGUGUCGGUGGGCUCGUGGUGGUCGCGUGUACCGGUGGCCACCAGUGCGCGUUCCGGAGGAUCUCACGUGUGCGGAUUCCUCGUACGACCUGACGUUGUGUGUGCGAGUGAAGUCCUCGGAUGAGCCCAUGGAGACGAGGUUGCACCAGCGCUUAAAGUUGCUAGAUAAGGACUACGAACGCAGUGACGAGGAAUCAGCUCUGCUUCGGUGGUUCGAGUUGGAGGGUCACAAGUUGGAGGGUGGUGAGGGUGGAUACGACAUGUAUCCGUUGGCCAUCAACCUCACCGACACCCUGGCUGCCAUCACCCACGGUAAACCGGCAUCAUAUGCCCCAAUCAACAAUCCUAACAUCAAACUCAUUCGCACCAGUCGUACGGCCUGUGCACCUGACGACCAAGCCUCGAAGGACGUCUACGACCUAGUGGUUAUCUUCCGGUCCGCGUCAUACCACUUCGAGGAGAGAAGUCGCAUUCGCGAGGCAACUCGCAAUCUACCAGGUCGUAUUCGUGUUGUGUUCGCACUGGGUCAACCGCGCGCAGAUGUGGCAGGCAAU